CAGAAGGGAGGCUCGGGACUGUUCUGCCUCCGAGGACCAUGAACCCCACACCGGAUUACCACAACUACUGACACCGGCUUAGUUCCAGCUGUGAGGAUCCAGGUGACGGUCCGGAUCACCGCCAGCCGUCCAGGUGUGACCGCCCCACCUGCGGAGUCUGCACUGCGCCUGCGCGGCCGCUCUGUCCUGUGAGUUUGUGGGAACAGCUGUUUCCCGUUUCUUCCUGGACGGCUCCGGUUCUGUUCCUGGCUCCGGCUCCGAGCGGCUCCACCAUGCCGGAGCAGAUCAGCGUGGGGGAGUUCGUGGAGGAGACCACGGAGGACUACAAAGCUCCCACCACCUCCAGCUUCACCACACGGAUGUCCCACUGCAGGAACACGGUGGCCGCGCUGGAGGAGGUUCUGGACCAGGACCGGGCGGUUCUGUACAAGAUGAAAAAGUCUGUGAAGGCCAUCAACACAUCUGGUCUGGCUCAUGUGGAGAACGAGGAGCAGUAUGUCCAGUCCCUGGAGAAGUUUGGGGACAACUGCAUGUCCAGGGACGAUGCCGAGGUCGGGGCCGCCUUCCUCAAGUUUGCCCUCUUCACCAAAGAGCUGUCGGCACUCUUCAAAAACCUGCUGCAGAACAUGAACAACAUCAUCACGUUUCCUCUGGACAGCCUGCUGAAAGGGGACCUGAAGGGAGUCAAAGGGGACCUGAAGAAGCCAUUUGAUAAAUCCUGGAAGGACUACGAGACCAAGCUGGCGAAGAUUGAGAAGGAGAAGAGGGAACACGCCAAGCAGCACGGCAUGAUCCGAACGGAGUUCAGCGGAGGAGAAAUCGCAGAGGAAAUGGAGAAGGAGAGGAGGGUGUUCCAGCUGCAGAUGUGUGAGUAUCUGCUGAAAGUCAACGAGAUCAAACUGAAGAAAGGUGUGGACUUCCUGCAGAACCUCAUCAAGUAUUUCCAUGCUCAGUGCAAUUUCUUUCAGGAUGGGCUGAAGGCUGUGGAGAGUCUGAAGCCGUCGGUGGAGAAGCUGGCUGCAGACCUGACCACGAUCAAACAGGCUCAGGAUGGAGAGAGGAAGCAGCUGAGCCAGCUCAGAGACGUCCUGAAGGGGGCGCUGCAGUCGGAGCCGAGAGAGGACUCUCAGGCAAAACAGAAUGCCGGUUACAGCCUCCAUCAGCUGCAGGGUAACAAAGCGCAUGGCACAGAGCGCUCCGGAGUCCUCUACAAGAGAAGUGAAGGGCUCAGGAAGGUGUGGCAGAAGAGGAAGUGCUCAGUGAAAAACGGCUUCCUGACCAUCUGCCAUGGCACGGCUAACAGACCUCCAGCGAAGCUGAACCUCCUCACCUGCCAGGUGAAGAGGAAUCCCGAAGAGAAGAAGAGCUUUGACCUUUUCUCACAUGACAGGACAUACCAUUUCCAGGCUGAAGAUGAGGCAGAGUGUCAAAUCUGGGUGUCCGUGCUUCAGAACAGUAAAGAGGAAGCUCUGAACAUGGCCUUCAAAGGCGACCAGGAUGAAGGAGAGAACAACAUUGUCCAGGAGCUGACCAAAGCCAUUGUAGCGGAGGUGAAGAAGAUGAACGGCAACGACAGAUGCUGCGACUGCGGAGCUGCAGCCCCCACCUGGCUGUCCACCAACCUGGGCGUGCUGAUCUGUAUUGAGUGUUCGGGGAUCCACAGGGAGAUGGGGGUCCACUACUCCAGGAUCCAGAGUCUGGACCUGGAUGUCCUGGGAACGUCUGAGCUGCUGUUGGCGAAGAACGUGGGGAAUGCCAGCUUUAACGAGAUCCUGGAGGCAGACCUGUCGACACAGAACGUGACCAAGCCAGAACCAACCAGCGACAUGCAGAUGAGGAAGGACUACAUCACAGCCAAGUACACAGAGAAGCGCUUUGCCCAGCGGCUGUGCACAGACGCCGACUCCAGGCUGCAGGUCCUCUACGAGGCCGUCAGGACCCGGGACAUUCUGUCACUCAUUCAGGUGUACGCUGAGGACGUGGAUCUGAUGCAGGCCGUCCCACAGCUGCAUGAACACGAACCUGGAGAGACGGUGCUGCACCUAGCGGUGCGGAUGGUGGACAGGAACUCCCUCCACAUCGUUGACUUCCUGGCUCAGAACAGCGGGAACCUGGACAAGCAGACGGCCCAAGGAAGCACGGCGCUGCACUACUGCUGUCUGACGGACAACAGCGAGUGUCUGAAGCUGCUGCUCCGAGGAAAAGCUUCGGUGAACACCACAAACGAAGCUGGAGAAACGCCACUGGACAUCGCUAAACGGCUGCGACACACUCAAUGUGAAGAACUGCUGACCCAGGCUCAGACGGGGAAGUUCAAUGUCCACGUUCACGUGGAGUACGAGUGGCGCCUGCAGAACGAUGACCUGGACGAGAGCGAGGACGAGAUGGAGGAUAAGCCCAUCCCGACCCGGCGGGACGAGCGUCCUGUCAGCUGCUUCGUCCCGGGCAGCGCCCCGGUGCCGCCCGGCCUGGUAGCACUAGCCAGAGACAAAGCCAGGCCUCCCAUUCCCAGCAGUUUGAUCAGCAACGAGACGUACGGCACAAUGCUGGACUUGAACCUGCCGCCGGUGGGCCCCAGUCCCCCCCUCCCCCCCAGAGCUCCAAACAGAGGUGCCGGGGCCAGUAAACCCACCACCAUGGAGUCGGUGGGACGGCAGCGCUCCUCCUCCGACCCCCCCAACGCUCACCCCCCCCCGCAGGACUCAUCCAUGUAUGUGCUCCCAGCAGCCCCUGCUCCUCCACCAGUCAACAAGCGGUCCAGCAUGUUUGAGACCAAGGCCCUGUCUGCCAAGAACACCCCCCUGCCGCCCCUGCCCCCCCCACCAGAAGGACCUCCCGUCCCACCCCCGCCCCGCUACAAAGCCCCCCCACUCCCCCCACACAUGCCCGGCCACCAGGCCAGCAAAGCAGCGGGACCGCCGGGAACCAAGACUCCCAAGUCUGCAUCCGGGUCUGUGAGAAAACCUCCUAGCAUCACUGGACGUGUGGACAGACAAGGUCUAAAGCCCAAAUCCCCUCAAAGUCCUGCUCCUCCAACACCCAAACCCAGAAGCACCUUCUCUAAGCAGAAGCCUCAGAGGGUGAAGGCCAUCUACAACUGCUUUGCUGAUCAUCCUGAUGAGCUGACAUUCAACGAGGGAGAGGUGAUCGUGGUGGACGGAGAGGAGAACAGCGAGUGGUUGAUCGGACACAUCGAAGGAGAGCCGACCAGACGAGGAGUGUUCCCCAUCACCUUCGUCCACUUCAUCACAGACUGAUCCAUCUUCAUCUUCAUCACCAUCACAGACUGAUCCAUCUUCAUCUUCAUCACCAUCACAGACUGAUCCAUCUUCAUCUUCAUCACCAUCACAGACUGAUCCAUCUUCAUCACCAUCGAAGAUGAAUCCAUCUUCAUCUUCAUCACCAUCACUGAUUGAUCCAUAUGUGAUGGUGAUGAAGAUGAAGAUGGAUCCAUCUUCAUCACCAUCACUGAUUGAUCCAUCUUCAUCACCAUCUUCAUCACCAUCUUCAUCACCAUUACAGAUGGAUCCAUCUUCAUCUUCAUCACCAUCACAGACUGAUCCAUCUUCAUCACCAUCUUCACCAUCUCAGAUGGAUCUGUCCCAUCUUUAUUGCAGGAGCAUCCAAGACUCAGAGCUGAUUCUAGACCGUCCUCAACCCUGAGUCACAAUCCCUAACCUACAGUAACAUCUUUAGGUCUUUAAUGCAACAUGAAGCACCCAGGACUCCGAGCUGAGCCUGAAAAAGUUCCAGGACUAGAUUUUGUGUUUCAACCUGGAAUCAGCCAAAACCCCAAACCCCAUUAUUGGGAAUACCAAGAAACACCCAAAGUAUCUAAAACAUCAGAAAGAACUGAGAUCCUGGCGUGGUUCCUAAUGGAGCACGUCUCUUUAACUCAGAUCUGUAGACAAUCACAAUAACAAACAAGCCUACAGAGACUCAGGGACUCAUGGUGACAUUAACAUGACACACUAUAGUUUCUCACCUGGAAGCCUUGGCUGCUGUUGAUCAAAACACCAGAGAGCUAACAGGAACCAGGAGGUUCUGGCCAUAAACAAACAUGGCGUUGCUGUGGUGGGGGUUGAGGGUUGAGGGUUGAGGGUUGGAUUCUGCAGUUUUGACGUGAAAAGGAAGCUGUUGUUGGGUCUGGCUGCAGGAGUGGCCAUGUUGGUCCAUCAGAGCUUCUGAGACCAAAUAUGUGUGAGCUGCAGCAUCAGAUAUGAGGCUAAAAUGAUUUCCUGGUGUUCCGUCUUCAUUUAAAGAUCUUCACAGCUCCCGGCUUUGCCUGGUUUCCUGUUUACGAUGGAACUCUUCUGGUACACUUACUGUCAGCGACAAACAGAACAGGUUGGACAUGUUUCCCUCCGUGGAGGUUCUCCUCUUCUUCUGACAACGGUCUAGAUCGGUUUGGAGCUGAGAAGACUAGCUGAUGGAGUUCUGGAGAUGAAUGCUUUCCCUUCCUUGUUUGGAGGAGAGGAGCUGCUCAGCAGCCCAUCAUGUUCUGAUCUGGACCUUCCCUCUUCCACAACAAAGCCCUGCUCUUCAGAUGAAUGUAUGUCCAGCAUCAUCUUCCUGAGGUUCAAGAUCUCCCCCAAACCCACAUCUGGAUGAAGCAGAUGUUACUCUAAUCCUGGAUGUAACUUAGAGAUUUCCAGUCUUUGAAUAUUUGGAUGAGAUUUUCUGCUGUAAGUGAUGAGAGAUUGACAGUCUAAAUGGUUUUAUGCUGAGGAGCGUGAUCCUGAGACGGUUUUAAAGUUUGUACCAUACAUUUUUCUGAGACUGAAGAAACUGUCCUCCUUUUCUUCCGAGACCCUCCAUCUUUUACUGCCCAUCAUGUCUCCUGUAACUAGUUGAGCUCACGACCUACGACCAGGGUUCCUCCUUUGUAUAACUUUUGCAGACCUUUCUUCAUGUCCUAACUUUUAUUGGCACCAUCAUUAUAAUCUGAGGUCACGUUGAACGGCAUGGGGAAAUGUCUCACUGUCGUUUCCUUUGUUCUGUCAGGAAUAAAAUAUCUAUUCAUGA